AUGGUGAAUUCGCUACUUGACGUUAUCUCGGACAACUACGAAUUACAACCAAUGCUCACACCAUUUGAACCACAUACUCAGACUAAUGCUGCCGCUAUCAAUCAGGUGCAAAGUCGUAGGGAGUCUACGAGCGAUCGUCUCACCGUAGAUAUAUCAGGAGAGGGUGCGUCACUUCUUUCGGGAGACAGUGCGGAAGGUGACUUGAAGGAAGGGUCAUCGGGACUGCUCCUGCGACUUGGACUGUCCUUCUUUCUUUUUGGUUUCAUCAAUAAUGUCCUCUACGUCAUCAUUCUGUCCGCUGCACUUGACCUCGUGCCGCCAUCUACGCCGAAAGGUAUCAUUGCAUUCUGCAACAUUUUUCCAGCCCUUGUUGCCAAACUUGGAUGGCCGUAUCUGCUGAAGGGUCGAAUACGAUACUCACGGCGUCUACUUGGCUGCUGUGUUAUCAGUGUCAGCGGCAUGAUAGUCGUAGCUCUAUCUGAUAGCCUGUCUAUGAGACUUCUGGGGAUAUCGCUUGCAUCAUUCUCUUCAGGACUGGGUGAACUUACCUUUUUGCAGUUAUCGGUACGAUAUCAUCCCCCUUCCGUUGCAGGUCGCAGCGUCAGCUAUUUUGCUUCGGGAACUGGUGCGGCUGGUCUUGUCGGUGCAUUUCUCUGGUGGGAACUCAGGGGACUAGGUGUCCGUAUCGGUGUUGGAUUGUCCUCUGUCCUUCCUCUCGCCAUUCCGUUGGCGUAUUUCCUCCUUCUGCCCCGCUCCUCUGCGUUUUCCUCUAUGAAUUCGUCGUCCUAUGAAGAACCAGCACCUUCCGUUAUCCCAUAUGCCGCACUAUCUACCACCGACGAUGAGGAUGGUCCGUUGCCUUCGGAGCCAGAAGUAGACGUCGAGCACAAGCGUCCCGUUGGCCUGUCAGCUAGUGAUAAGUGGAGGCUGGCCAAGCCUCUGUUGACGAGGUACAUGUUACCACUGUUCUGCGUGUAUCUGUUUGAAUACAUUAUCAAUCAGGGUGUUGCACCAACCCUAGUAUAUCCUGUACCUUCACCAGACCAGUACUGGCUUAUGAGCAAACUCAUACACUCUAUUAGGGACUACUAUCCACUCUGGCAGUUGGUAUAUCAGACGACCGUGUUCUUCUCCCGCUCUUCGAUCUCUAUUGGUCUCCCACCACUGCCCGGUCGUCUCCUCUCGCUACCGGCGAUCCUUCAGGCAAUUGUUCUGAGUACACUGACCUUUGAAUCUGCCGUCGGGAUUUUCGGAGACCAGUCAGAAGGUCUCAGUUUCUUCCUCGUCUUUUUCCUUAUAAGCAUUGAAGGAAUAUGUGGCGGUUUGGCGUACGUCAACGUCUUUUACCGCAUUAACCAGGAACGGCACGACAGUUCCGAGGACGUGGACCCGGAGCACUCGAAACAGGAGCGGGAGUUUAAGAUCGGCUCUAUGGGCCUCGCAGACUCAACUGGCAUCGUCUUUGCGUCCCUCCUUGCCAUGCCUACGGAGGUGGAGCUGUGUAGAGUGCAGGUACGGCGCGGGAAGAUGUUCUGCCAGAGUUUGUAG